AUGCUGGACGAAAUGAUGGGAAGCAUGCUGCUUCCCCGGACUACGGAUGAUGGUACAGCUCGCGGACAGCGAGCCCUGGUAGUGACAGCCGUGCUUACCGCAUUCUCAAUCGUCAUCGUCGCUAUGCGAAUGUAUGCGCGAAUCGGGAUAAUGAAAUUGACUGGUCGUGAAGAUUAUACGAUUCUCAUUUCUUUGGUGUUAGCAUGCACUUAUCUUGGUCUUGUUGCUGCUGAGGUACAUUUUGGACUCGGGAAACAUGACGACGAUUUGUCCGACGUUGUUGUGAAAGAACAACUAAAGCGACUCUGGGCUGCUAUCCCCUUCUAUAACGCCAGCUUGAUCUUUACCAAAUUUUCCAUUCUUUUCCAGUAUCUUCGGAUCUUCCCCGACCGUCGCUUCCGGCUUGCCUGCUGGAUCGUGUUUGGUAUUGUGGCUACUUACGGAACAUGGGCAGUAGUCAGUGGUUUCUUGAACUGUGUCCCAGUGGCCAAAUUCUGGGACCGCAACAUCUCCGGCUACUGCCUUAGUUUCGAGGCAGUCUGGUUCUUCAACGCAUCGAUGAACAUCGCUACGGACACGACGCUGUUGAUCCUGCCGAUGCCUCUUCUGUCGCAAUUACAACUUCCGCGCAUGCAGAAAUUGGCCCUGAUGGGCGUCUUUGCAGUCGGUGGACUGGUCGUGAUCACAAGUAUCCUCCGUCUAUCCAGUCUACGAAGCGUAGCUCAGAGCACCGACACAUCUUACAGCAACGUCGGCGCUGCCUAUUGGACCGCUGCAGAAUGCAACGUCGCCAUCAUCUGCGCAUGCCUACCAUUCCUUCGUCCGCUCGUCAGCCGCCUCUUCCCUCGCUUCCUCUCGACCAACAGCUACAAUCGCUACACCCGCAACCCCACCAUGUCAGCCAGUCGCAUGACCGCCACUCGGAUGACCGCGCGCUCGCACCGGCAAAAGGUCGAGCUUUACUCCCAAGACCGUGACUACGGCAUGUACACUAUCGACGUCAAGUCCGGUGAAGCGAGCCACGAUGGCGCGCUAGACGGAAUCGCAGUCACCACGACGACAAUGAUUCAGGAGACAUCGAGAAACAACGACGAGUCGACCAGUCAGCGUCGGCUAGUUGUGGAUGUUUAAUGAUCAUUUCUGUCUCUGACCUUUCGCAAUCUCGCACACACUCAUUACUUCCCAUAUAUUCACGAACUUACUUUCUUCUGAUACCACGAUGCAUGAUAUAUGACGCUGCAUCUUCAACAUUACCCCUUCUUUUCCAUAUACUCUUUGAUCCUGAUAUCCCACACCUGCACUUUGUUUCACGCAUGCAUACCUACUUACCUACCGAUCCACCUUCGUGUACAUUCUUCUCAUUCUCCGGAUGUCUAAUCAUCGACGACUUUACGACCAUGCUACAAGUUAAACCCCCUCUUUCUGUUUCUCAGUUCUUUGUACAUUUACUUCCUCCUCCUUUCGCUCAUCUAACGAGCUCCUAGUAUAAUCUCUCUGUACAAC